CCAGAAUCUUUUUUUUUUUUUUUUUUUUUUUUAGAUAACUCUACCGAACCGUUCUCUUCUCACGUUACACAUCUUCUAUAUAUAUUUCCCUCCAAAAAAAGAAAAAAAACAUAUUUUCAUGUUUUGUAGCCAAUAAAAAUGGCAUCUCAAUCUCAACCACCCAAUCCGGAUCGUUUCAAAAUCCUGAACUUGACCUUAAACCCCGAUGGAUCUCUGACCCGACCCACCUUUCCAUCCUCACCGGCCACCCCUGAACUCACCGGCGACUCCCAACUCACCCUUUCAAAAGACAUCCCAUUAAACUCCACCACCGCCACCUUCCUCCGCCUCUACCGUCCCAUCGCACCCUCCACCCAAAAACUCCCCAUCAUCAUCUACUUUCACGGUGGCGGUUUCGUCUACGUCAGCGCCGCCAGCACCCCCAUACACCUUACCUGCUCCAACAUAUCCGCUAACUCUCCGGCACUCGUCGUAUCCGUCGAGUACCGCCUUGCCCCUGAACACCGUCUCCCUGCGGCGUAUGAAGACGGUGUGGACGCAAUCCUUUGGGUGCGGGACCAGGCGGUGAAGUCAAAAGUCAACACUAGCGACGACUGGUUGACUGAUGUUGCUGACUUUUCUAAAGUGUACUUAAUGGGUACUAGUGCUGGAGGAAACCUGGUGUACAACGCGGGUCUACGUGCACUUGAUCUUGAUCUUGAGCCGGUUAUGAUUGCAGGGCUUAUAAUCGACCAACCUUUUUUUGGUGGGGUUGAGCGUACGCAAGGGGAAAUUGGUGUGGUAGAUGAUCGGAGUUUGAGUUUGGCGGGAACUGAUCUUAUGUGGUCUUUGGCGUUGCCAUCAGGGUGUGACAGAGACCACGAGUAUUGUAAUCCUGUCGUAGGUCAACGCCGUGAAAAGAUUGAACGACUUCCGGCAUGUUUGAUCAGAGUGAACGGUGGGGAUUUAAUGGUGGAUAGACAAAAGGAUUUUGCUAACUUGUUGGAGUCAUGUGGUGUGCAAAUGACGAGAAAUUUUUAUGAGGGAGCGUACCAUGGUGUUGAGGUCUUUGAACCAGAGAAGGCACAAAUCUUGUACAAUGAUGUUAAGAAUUUUGUUUUGAAUUGAUUUAAGAAAAUAUUUUGUAAUAAAAGACGCAUUUAAUAUUUUAUGUAAACAAAUUGUUAAAGGUUCUGAAAAUCAGGGUUGAUUGUGUUUGAUA